CUCAUAAUUAAACACACAGAGGCAUCUACUGUAGUGGCUUUUUACCAAAGAACAAGUGGUUUGACUGGUCAUCAUCUGGAAGACGUGCUAUCGGUGUAAUAAUACACCUUGAAAUUACCUGGGUGGAGCAAUGCGUCACUCUGAUGCUCAGUCUGUCGGUUUAAGAUCCCCUUACCCCCCUCCCCCCUUCCUCCCCAACCGCACACUAAUAUAAGGUCGAAACUCACAAGUGAAACUGGAAGGAAUAAAAGCAAACCCUUACAAUGGCGAAAGGGAGAGCGACAACUACUGUACACCUGUUUUAAAAAAAAUAUAUAUAUAUAUAUAUAUACACACACACACAUGCCAUAAAUCUCAAAACACGACGCCAUUAAAUACAUAUGCGACGGAGGAGUAACAGGAUUGAGCUCUGAGACAAGUCUAGCUUUGCGGUAGAGGAUGAAGAAGAAGAAACAUCGGAAGCUGUUUAUAGUGGGGGUAGUAACCUGGGUACUGCUCUCGUUCAUUUUGUUCUGCCAGAACACAGACUCCAACUUGCUCGUCUUCUGCACUUUUGUACUCUCACCUUUCACCCGAGGCAGCAUGAGGCUCAUCGAUGCCCCCCAUGUGGAAAACAGUGCCGGCACUGAACAACUGAAAGAGGCUAUCUUACCUACAGUAAUGCAGCAGAAUUUGCAAUUAGAGGAGUCCUGGGCAGAUAAAGUGAUUAGAGGACUAUGGGUGGGCUUGGCAUCUUCUGACAUGCUGAGUUCAUAUCUUCAGAAAGCCAAGAAGGACUAUAUUGCUAUCAACCUAUACAGGGUGACCUACACAGGACAUUGGACAAAGCAGAAGGACAAAAAGAAGCUCCUGUGCCAGCUGAAGCAACAGAAACUACUCAAGACACUGACAGGGUCUGAGGAGCCCUUUGCGAGCCUGGGAUGGCGGAAGCUGGUGCCUCAGCAACCUCUGGAGCAGGCAAUUAGUGGUCGCUACAGAACAUGUGCUGUAGUUUCCUCAGCUGGUGCCAUUCUCAACUCAUCCCUGGGUAGGGAGAUUGAUUCUCAUGAUGCAGUGCUUCGGUUCAAUGCUGCUCCAACGGAGGGCUAUGAGAAUGAUGUGGGCAGCAAGACCACCAUCCGCAUCAUCAACUCACAGAUUAUGGCUGAUCCACAGCAUAGGUUUGCUGACAGUCACCUUUAUAAGAAUGUUACACUUGUGGCAUGGGACCCUGGUCCAUAUUCUGGCAACCUCGAAGCGUGGUACAAGAACCCAGAUUAUGACCUGUUCACGGCAUAUGUUGAACGCAGGAAGAGAUCUCCAUCACAGCCCUUCUACAUCCUGCAUCCAGACUUCCUUUGGAACCUGUGGGACAUUCUUCAGAGCAAUACAGAAGAGAACGUCCAUCCAAAUCCACCCUCGUCAGGGUUUAUAGGCAUCGUUCUGAUGAUGAGCAUUUGCGAGAAUCUUGAUAUCUAUGAGUUCAUCCCGUCCAAAAGACACACGACUCUGUGCCACUACUACGAGAAAUACCAUGACUUAGCGUGCACACUGGGAGCGUAUCACCCGCUGUUUUAUGAGAAGCUCUUCAUCAGAAGAAUGACCAAGGUCUCUUUGGACGAACUUAUGACAAAGGGCAAGGUCACUCUUCCGGGGUUCAGUCAGAUCACCUGCUCCGGACAACAAGUGUAAUCAAGACGUCAGCAUAAACUCAGAUCUCAUUUAAAGACCACCCAAACAGAAAUUACCGAAUUGAAAUAUGAAAUGAAUCAGAAGCCAUAACAGUAUAUUAGUAAUAUAGAGAAACCGGGUGGAAAGUACUUGAGUAUUAUUUUAAAUUGAAUACUUGUACUCUUAAUUACAUUUCCAAGAAAUUUUUUUUUUAAAUUUAGAUCUUCAAAGUGCGUAUUACAAAUCACGAAGGUUUCUUCUUCUCAUCCAGGCAAAGACUGUACGCUCUGUAUCAGUCGAGUGCGCUCGGUUUAGCAUCCAAUCAUUUAUUUCAGUUUAGAAUCCAAUCAUUUAUGUUUAGUGUCCAAUCAUAUCAGUUUAGCAUCCAAUCAUUUGGGGGGUGGGGUGGGGUGGGGGGGUCCAACGAACUCGGCGGGAGGAUGUGCAAGUGAAUGUAACGUUAAUGGUCAAAAACUGGACCUGACGUUAGCCUAGCCUACUUCGUGGGUGUGCAAAUAUCACCAGUUAAUUGACGUUCUUAAGAACAAACCAAGCCAUGGUAUGAUGCCUUCUAUACUAAGCUAAGGUCACCUACUAUUUAUGAAUCUAGUUACUGACUGUCUGGAAAAAAGCUCGUAUGUUCUGCUAAAACUUUUCUACGCUUGGCUGUUGUCUCCAUUUCUUACAGACUGAGCUGCUCAAAUAGAUCAACCAACUUGCAGUGAGUAUGGACGCAACCAAGUGUACAAUUGGAGGGGGGCACACACCUAUUUUCCUUACCAAACGGAAAUAUAUUAAAAAGGAAUAAACAUAAAUAAAUAGAAUAGAUGAAGAAAAGACAGAUCCGUUGGCAGGGUUUAUUAAAUGGGCACAUAUAGAAAAUAUUUUGUACUGUAUAUUGGGGGGACAGAUUGGUAUUUCCUCAACAUUGGGGGACACACGACCCCCCCAAAGAAUGCGUGGUUACACCCAUGGCUAUAACUAUCCGUGCAUCUGAAUAUGGAUAAACUGCCAGACUUCAGUAUGGAACUUGAGUAUGAGCACUCCUGGCCCUACCUCAGUAAAAUAUUACAAUAUUCUGUUAUAAACAAACAUUCGUAAAUAUUAGACGUCUCCUUUGCCUCCCUAGAAGGCAUGAACUGAAUCUAAUUUGAAAAAGCAUGCUGAGGGGAAUUUGGCUAAUUUGCAAACAUUAUGUUAGCUUGUUUUCUGUGCUAAUACCAGGUUUGGCAAGACAUUUUGGCUGGAUACAUCCACUUUAGAUUUGUGACACGUUCUCUAUACUUUAAUUUGCGUGUAAUCUCUCAGUACUUUUCCAUGACUGGAGAUUGGAAGCUCAGCUAACAAUGUCAGAUAAUUAUAGUGGGGAACUGGAAUCAGAAAAUGUCCGCUACUACUUCCUUUCUAAUAACACAAAACACAACAUGCCAAACAGAUCUGAAGAACAUUUACAUAAACAAAAUUAGACAAAGCACUGAGACAUGGUCCAUCUAUGACAUGAGAUUGUUGGGCAACAUACUUACACUUAUUUAUACAUGAAGUUUCCUCAAUUACAGAAUAGGUGUAGGAUAAAAAGGGACCAAAUUUUUUUUAGGGAAAAGGGUGACACAUCUUUAUCAUCGUUAGGAGUGAACCACUAUAUGUGACUCAUCACUUUAUUUAUAUUGAGAACGCACAUUUAUUUAUGGUACUGUAAGUUCAAAAGUGUAUCCUUAUUUCAAGGUAACGUACUCAGGAUUGUAUGUUUUUAUGACUCAUUAUAUUUGAACCACUAUUGCCAUUUAAAUAAAGAAAUAAUGUAAUUACAUUAAAA